UGUCCACGAUGAGCGCAGCUUUAAAUACGCUUUCUGGCAUCAUUUACGAAGAUUUCAUCGAACAAUGGAUUCCAGCUAGUCCGAAAUAAGAUGCCAAGGCAGCUAAAAUUAUGAAAUGGAUUUCAGUUUCAGUAGGCUUGAUCAGUAUUGGCUUAAUUUUCGUUAUCGAGCAUCUGGGAACUAUUUUCGAAUUGAGCAUAAGUCUUCGAAGUGUCGUUGAAGGUCCGAUUCUCGCUGUUUUCAUACUUGGUUUGGCCUUCCCUGUUGUCGGAAAUAAAGGAGCAGUGACAGGAGGCAUUGUCUCUGCGGUCUUCAUGAUGUGGAUUAUCAUCGGAGCAAAAUGGCACGUCAUCAACUAUGGAAUACAGGAUGAAAAUUUGCCCAUGUCCACCGAGGGUUGCCGGUCAUUCAAUGAAACUCUUUCGACGACCACGGGUUUGCCGACUACGGAUGAAGAUAAUAAACUUUUCAUACAGUUAUUGCCAUCUUGGUCGCCCUAGUAACCAGCUAUUUUACCGGAGAAUGGAACGACUCUUCCAAAGUCAAUUCCAAUCUUCUGACGGCCAUCGUUCGGAGAUUUUUGAAAAGAGAUGAUUACGAAGGAGUUGAAAUGAAAGAAAUACCCAUCAAAAUGUAGUUCAUAUUUUCUUAAAGCUGAUCGUUCUGUAAUGUCGACGAUAUCGUAUGUAAAAUGGCAGUAUUGACUUAGGCAACGCGUUAAGAACAUAAAUUAUAUAUUUUUUAAAAAUUGUGUAGAUAUCUAUUAGUGCUUAUAUCUGUUUAUCUGUAUAAUACAUUAAGUAUAAAUAUAACAUUUUGAUCGGACUAUUCAGACAACAAAAUAAAAAAUGCUUGAUGCUCAAGUAAUCACACGUCGCACAUUAUGUAUACAAGCUUGAAAAGAAAAAAAACGUGCUACGUGUUAAUCUCUUAUUCGCCUGCAGUUAUCAGCUACUGGAUCCUCCAUUCGAAAUGCAGUAUAGCAAAAUACGCUAGUAGAAAGGAGCCGAAUCCGAGGAAUAUACCCUCCGAGUACUUUUCAGGAUUUUGAAGGAGUUUUGAUGAAAUUCGUAGGUAUGUAAUUAGAAAAAAAUAAAAAUGUAUCAUGUCAGAAGUAAAAUUUAAAUUUUUCCGCUUGCUGAGCACCAACAGUUUAAAGCGUUUGUAGGUCGUGUAAUAAAAUUCGCAUUUCAAAUUCGCGUUCCUAAAUUCUUGUACCAGGUGACCGAUUAUCAAUUAAAUGCUUCACAACGAAGCCUAUAACUUUUUUAAGAGAGAGAAGGAUGUCGACGUAUGAAUGAUGUAUAUUUUUAGAUCUAGUAGAUUUUAGACUCAAAUAAAGCAUUUUAGCACGCGAGUGUAAGGCAUAAGUAUACUUAAAAUACUUUAAUCGAUUUUGGAUUCAUAUUUUUAUCCAUUCAGAAAGUGUUACAGCAAUAAUUUAAUUAGUUUUUGUGGUAAAAGAGAUAAAAAAUAGUCAGUAUAUGUUGGAGUUAAAAUUUACUGUUACAGAGCGUGUAAGUACAUGCGUGAUAAAAAAAGUUAUCGAUAUAGCGUGACUGUAGCUGCUUCUAAUAGUAAACACUGUAAUAAAAGGAUUACGCACUGUUUCUCAAAAUGUUCUUUCUGGCAGACUCUAAAAUGCGUAUGUUUUUCUCCCCACAGACGAUUCAAACGCGCAUUUCAAUAAAAAGGAAAAAAAACAAUGAUUGCUUAUCUGUAAGUUGGUAUAUAAAGAAUGGCAGAGACUACUAAGGAUAUCAGUUGCCGUACAUCAUUAGUUCAACUAGAUAUUCAGCUGCUGUAACUGUUCAAAAAAUAAAAUGUCAAAGCUCGUCCUACUUCUUUGCAUUGCAUUUUUGGCUAUCGGUAUCGUUGUCUCUACUGUAGCUGCUGCCGCUACACCUGCUACCCCGGCUACACCGGCCACCGCAGCUACUCCGGCCACUGCAGCUACCCCAGCCACCGCAGCUACUCCGGCUACCCCGGCCACCGCAGCUACUCCGGCUACCCCGGCCACCGCUGCUACCCCAGCCACCGCAGCUACUCCGGCUACCCCGGCCACCGCAGCUACUCCGGCUACCCCGGCCACCGCUGCUACCCCGGCCACCGCAGCUACUCCGGCUACCCCGGCCACCGCAGCUACUCCGGCCACUGCAGCUACCCCAGCCACCGCAGCUACUCCGGCUACCCCGGCCACCGCAGCUACUCCGGCCACUGCAGCUACCCCAGCCACCGCAGCUACUCCGGCUACCCCGGCCACCGCAGCUACUCCGGCCACUGCAGCUACCCCAGCCAUCGCAGCUACUCCGGCUACCCCGGCCACCGCAGCUACUCCGGCUACCCCGGCCACCGCAGCUACUCCGGCCACUGCAGCUACCCCAGCCACCGCAGCUACUCCGGCUACCCCGGCCACCGCUGCUACUCCGGCCACCGCAGCUACUCCGGCCACUGCAGCUACUCCGGCUACCCCGGUUUCUCCAGCUGCUGGAUUAUAGGCUGCUGAUGACAAUUUUAACACGUAGUCUUAUCAGUCGGGGCGGGGAGAGAUAAACAUUCAGUUACAAUUUGGUAAAGGUUUGGAGCAUGUGACAAAAGUUAUAAACAUUUUAAUUUACGAAAAUCUA